AAUUUACGAACUGUUUACGCCUUUGCAAGGGAAAUGUAUCCAAAAAUAAAUGCGGAGCAUAUUCAAUAUGGAACUGCUGGCUUCCGUGGAAAAUAUUCUUCAUACUUUAUCAAUGUAUCUGGAUCCCAAAUAUAAAUACACACAUAUAAAUGCACGUACAUAUGUAGAUACAUAUGUAUGCAUGUUGAGUGGGAGCACCGUUAAAAUUCAGUGGAGUUAAUAUUUGGCUUCCAGUACAUGUAAUGAUAAAAUGGCUGAAUUUUUGGACAGCGUUAUGUUUAGAAUGGGCGUGCUUGCUACACUUCGCUCCCGUUAUCGCGAGGGUGCUGUCAUUGGAGUUAUGAUUACUGCAUCCCAUAAUCCAGAACCUGAUAAUGGUGUAAAGCUCAUUGAUCCUAAGGGUGAAAUGUUAGAGCCCAGUUGGGAGACCAUUGCGACGGACUUGGUUAAUGUAACCGACCAAGAUUUAGAGCAAAUGGUGGCAACAAUAAUAAAAGAUAAUAAGAUUGAUAUUAAUUCAAGCUCUUAUGUGUAUGUUGGAAUGGAUAAUCGUUAUCACAGUCCACGUUUGCUAAAGGCCGUAGCUGAUGGAGUAAUAGCCCUAAAAGGGAAUGUUAGAGAAUACGGUAUAGUUACAACACCCAUGAUGCACUACUUCGUCGUUGCAGCAAACACAAAAGAAGCGUAUGGAAAGCCCACUGAGGAGGGGUACUAUGAGAAACUUAUCACUGCUUUUGAAAAGAUUCGAAAUGGUCAGUUAGAGACCGGAAACUACCGAAACAAUCUAAUAUUCGAUGGGGCAAACGGUGUUGGUGCAAGGAAAAUGCUCCAGUUUAUAAAACGUAUGAGCAACUCUUUAAAUGUCAAUGUAAUAAACCAAGGUAUAGGAAGUGGAAAAAUUAAUGACGAGUGCGGAGCUGAUCACGUGAAAGUAAAGCAAAGGCCACCUAUUUCAAUGCCAGAUUUAGAGCCCUAUUCGCGUUGUGUAAGCGUCGAUGGAGAUGCUGAUCGAAUUGUGUAUUUCUUUAAUAACGACUCUGGUCAGUUUAGACUGUUAGAUGGUGAUCGCAUUGCAACAUUAAUUGCUGGCUAUCUGAUGGAAUUAAUCAAAAGUUGUAAUAUUAACUUGCGAUUAGGCCUUGUACAGACUGCCUAUGCAAACGGGGCUUCAACUGAUUAUAUUGUUAACAAACUGAAGGUGCCUGUUUCUUGUGUAGCAACUGGCGUAAAGCACCUGCAUCACAAGGCCUUAGAGUAUGAUGUUGGCGUUUAUUUUGAAGCAAAUGGUCAUGGCACUGUAGUGUUCAGUGAUCAUGCAAAACUAAUUAUCAAAGAGUCAGCCCAAAUUAACCAAAACGCAAAGACUCUAUUGCUUAUAAUCGAUCUAAUUAAUGAAACUGUUGGUGACGCGAUUUCCGAUAUGCUAUUGGUCGAGGUAAUCUUAAGUCAUAAGGGUUGGGACGUCAAGGAUUGGAUAUCUACUUAUGAGGACUUACCAAAUCAACAAUUAAAAAUUAAGGUUCAAGAUAGAAAUGUAAUUGAAACAACAGAUGCUGAGCGUGUUUGUGUUAGACCCAAGGGUUUGCAAGAUGAAAUAAAUAAAGUUGUUUCAAAUUACAAAUGUGGACGGGCAUUUGUUCGACCAUCCGGAACUGAAGAUGUGGUUCGAGUAUAUGCUGAGGCUUCCACUGAGGAUGACACUCUACAAUUAGCAUACGAGAUUGGACUCUUAGUUCAGAGAAUGGCAGGCGGAGUCGGACCGGAGUUAACAAAGCCAAGCAAUGCUCAUUUGUAGUAAAUAUGUGUAGACUCAGGGGUUCGCAAAAUUACAUUUCUUCGACUAGCCUUGGUUUCUUAUGUGAACGUUAUUUUAUUAUUAGCUUAGAUUUUUGUUAUUCUUUAAUGUGACUGAUAAUCUUAUAUCUCAUUUACUUUAUUGUGUUCUUAAGAUUUUCAGGUUAUUUCAGCAUUUUUCGGGUUAUAAAAUAUACA